GGGCUACAGUCCAUGGGGUCGCAAAGAACUGGACACAACUUAGUGACUGAACAACAACAAAGACCUGAGAUGUGGAAACCAAGGUUACAGAGGAGAAAUAAUGUCUAAACUCAUAUAGCUAAUGAGCAGUGGACUGAGGUUCAAUCCUGGGUCCAUUUACCUCCUAAGGCUUAACUCUUCCAUACAGUUCUGUCUCCUAAACUAAACACGAUUAAAAAUGAAAGUUUAAAUUCAAAGAUCUAUUUUUGAAGCUGGAACUAAAAACCAUUAUUCCAAAGUUAAUCACCUAUAUAAUUCUACACUUUCCCUCUAUUUUCACAGUUAAGAGGAAAGAGGUUAUAUCAAAGAUCAUGAACAUUUUUUGAGUCUCUGGGUCAGUUACCACCCGGCCCCUUUCAGGUCUGAUUUUCAGUGAAUAAAGAACCAGAGACUCACCAAAAGUUGCUUAGCAAUGAGUGUCCCUGAAAAGUGCUUAGAACAGGAAAUGCUUAAGCAAUGAAUUAAACAGUAACUUGUUGUGUCAAUGUGCGUUCUUAAGGAAAACAGAAAGAACCAUGUACUUUUGAGAGAAGCAACGCCAGGAACCGUUAUUUUUCCAAACGCUUUAAGAGUUGUGGUUUCAUGUAAGAUUUACUUUCAAGUUGCCCACAAGUCCUGCAGUUCCAGCUUCCUGCCCUGGGUCUCCUUGAAAAGCCUGAAGGAACUCUGGCACUGAAAAUGCUCUUGUCCAGAGCCAAGGAUUUAACACAAUUCUCCCUCAUUACCAAGAGGCCUGAAACCUCAAUCUGCCGGAAGAUGGGAAGGAAAGAAAAGAGGUAGCUGUAGCAGAAUUUCACAAAAAAAUCAAAGAAGCUUUUGAAGUGUUUGACCAUGAAUCAAAUAGUACAGUGGAUAGAGGUCGGAACAAUUAUCAGGUCAUUAGGAUGCUGCCCUAGUGAAGGAGAGCUACAUGAUCUGAUUGCAGAGGUAGAGGAAGAAGAACCGACUGGAUACAUUCGAUUUGAAAAAUUUCUACCAGUGAUGACUGAAGUGCUCCUGGAAAGGAGAUAUAGACCAAUUCCGGAAGAUAUCCUUCUUCGAGCUUUUGAGGUAUUAGAUCCAGCUAAACGUGGAUUUCUUACUAAGGGCGAACUGAUAAAGUAUAUGACUGAAGAAGCCUCCCUGCAGGUUUUGUAUCCGUGCACCCACAGUGACAGAGCUGUCAUCACAGAGAUGAUGAACUCAGCAGGGGGAGCAGCUCUUGGAAUGAUCAGCCAGAGUGGGUGUGGGAUGUGCCAAGUGUGGGGUGUCUGUUAGCCAUCUAAGUGGAGAGGUCAGGAAGCGAGGUGGACAUAGGGGUCUGGAGUCAGGAAAGGGGUCAGGGCUAGAGACAUGAAUCCCCGGGAGUUAUCAAGAAAUGGACGUACUUAGAGCUGUGAGCUUAGAUGAGACCACCAAGCAGGGAGAGUGGAUGGAAGAAGAGAGGACCAGGGAUUGAACCCUGCGUGCUCCAUCCCCAAGAGGGCAGGGAGAGAGAGAACUGGCAGAGGUGACCCAGGGAGUAACCAGUGAGGUGGGGAACAGGAGGGAGUGUGGGAUCUGGGAGGAAAAGGUGACCAGCUGUGCUAAAGUGGAACGUGCCUGGCACCUAACAAAGGCCCCAUCAUUAGGAGCCUGUUCUGGUUUUUAUUAAUACCAUUGUUGGGAGGAGGGAGAGAGCAGAGAACUAAAACUUCAUGCAUCACAAUGCAGAGUGAAGAGUCAGUGUCUGAAAUGGAUAAAUCAAGAGGUGGCAGAAAUAAGAGCAUAAGCACAUUUUAAAGAAUGAAGCUAAAUCCCUCAAGAAGUUCAGAAGUUGCUCCAGAGAAGAGGGCCACAGGUGGGGGGCAGGGGAGUGGGACAGAGGAUUUGUAAAAAUACUUUUGCAUAUUUGACUUUAAACUAAUUUACAUGUAUUUCUUUGAUGAAGAAGAUGUAAAGGCCGUACACACACACACACACACACACACCACACACGGGGACUUCUGAGUGGUGUUUCACCAGGUGAGCACAGAGUCUUACUGUGACUGGGGGCUUCCUGUCCUGGUUUGAUGACUUCCUGCAUGCAUCCUGUAAGGCUAGGACAUUUUACUCUUCAUUCGCUGCACUCUUUUCUGGCUCAGGAUGGGUAGGAAUAACAGAGGCUCCGGGGAAGAACCCGGGAAGGAAGUAACUGGAAAUCUCCUCCUUCCCCCGGGUGCUGUUUGCUCUGCUGCUUCCCUGCUGCUGAGGGUGGGUGGGAAGCGGGGUGAUGCCAUCUCUCCCGGUUUCCUGUCGCACUAUCAUCUCCCGCAGCACAGCAACCCCUGUACCGCCCAGGCUCACCAAAGACGGUGUGGCCUCUCUACUUUGGGAAAUGAGAAUUCUCAGAAGACCAACAGAAAUGCAUGUAGAAGAUGACUGAAAUUGCUGGUUAUCAGGAGAGAUGAUGACCUGAAGAUGUAGGUUCGAAGUGGGCUAAGAUUCUCUAAUGACAUGAUGAGUAGCUUUUUACUUAUUUCCCGUGGCUUUUGCUCCAAAUGAGAGGUUUCACCUCUCACGUGGUGAAGUGUGCAGUAUAAAUCCAGCAUUCAUCACGCAGGGACUUCCAGGGAGGCCAUUCAGAGGUUCCACCUGCAUGAUGAAGCGAGGUUAGGAAUAGUGGCACCCAAACCAGAAAGAAACAGUGAGUAGAGAAAGAAAACUGAAAGGCAGAAAGGGGACUGUUAUGGACCGAAUAUUGAUGUAACCCACCCUCCCCCGUGUGAUGGUGUUUGAAGGUGGGUCCUUGGAAGAAGAUUAGCCAUGAAGAUGGAGCCCUCUGGAAUGAAUCACUGCCCUUAGAAGAGGCAGAGGGAUAGAUGGGCUUCUUUCUACCAAGCGAGGACACAGGGAGAAGUCGGCAGUCUGCAACCUGGAAGAAGUCACCAGAACCAGAUUUGCUGUCAUGCUCACCUCAGACUUCAGCUUCUAGGACAUGAGAAAUAAAUGUUUAUUGUUUAAGCCA